AUGUCGGGCUACAGGAGGGGCUUCCCCAGGGAGCCCAGGCCCUGGGCCCCCAGAGGCUUCCAUGGCCCUGCCAAUUUCCAUGGGAAUGAGGAGGACGGGAGAUGGGCACCCCACGACUGUCCCCCACCACCCCCUUGGGAUGACAGAGAAGAUGGCCGAGGACCUGAGGACCGGUUCAAAGAAGACUGGGACCCGGUGAGGGGACGAUGGGCACCCCACGACCGUCCCCCACCACCCCCUUGGGAUGACAGAGAAGAUGGCCGAGGACCUGAGGACCGGUUCAAAGAAGACUGGGACCCGCCUGGUCCCUGGUACUGCGGACCCGCCCCUGACUCUGUCGACUUCCCUUGGGAUGAGGAGGACAGGAGAUGGGCAUCCCACGACCGGCCCCCGCCACCCCCUUGGGAUGACAGAGAAGACCACCGAGGACCCGAGGGCUGCUUCGAAGAGGACUGGCACCCGCCUGGUCCCUGGUACUGCGGACCCGCCCCUGACUCUGUCGACUUCCCUUGGGAUGAGGAGGACAGGAGAUGGGCAUCCCACGACCGGCCCCCGCCACCCCCUUGGGAUGACAGAGAAGACCACCGAGGACCCGAGGGCUGCUUCGAAGAGGACUGGCACCCGGACCAGCCCGGCCCCAACCGCUUCUCCUGGCCUGAAUUCCCCGGGGAGGAGGAGCACCCACGCUGCCCCCCCGGCAGCCUGCCAGGGGAUCGAGGUGGCUUCCACGAUGGCUUCCCGUCCCGGCACUAUCGUGACCUGGGUAGGAAACGCCGAUGUCUUCACCGUGGCCGUCAAAAGUCACCCCUUGGCCGGCACCUCCCUCAUCCCAGGUCCUCCAGAGGGGAUCGGCCAUCCUCUGGGUCAUCUCAAUCCCGCUCUGCGACCAAACACCCGGGGGUCAAAGAAGAGCCACAGCGCCCUGAUCCUCCCCAGCCACUUAUUUCCUGCAAAGAUGGCUCACAGAGCAGCGAGCAGAUGGAUCAGAGCCCACCGGUGGAGAGUGGGAAGGUCCCGGAGCCCCCCGGACCAGCCGCUGAUCCCGGGGCUGUGAGGGAGGCUGCGGAACCGGAGCAGGCAGCAGGAGUGACACUGGUCGAGCAGGGAACCGAGCAGAAACCCAUGGGCAGCCACAGCCAGAGUCCCUCUGCUUCAGAAAUGGAGCCAGCCUCACCAGAGGAGAGCUCUGCGGGGACAGAGGAGCACCCUGAGGUAGAGCCCUGCAGCCAAAGCGCCCCGAAGGCUGGUGCGGGUGGUGGGUCACGUCCCCACACUCCGACAGCCCCUCCAGAGCCUGAGAGGGUCUGCACAGUGGCCAGCUCUGCUGGAGAGGUGGGUGCUGAGCUCUGCCCAGGUUCCCAGGGAUGGCAGCAUCUGCCCAGUGGUGCCGGAGAAGCCGAGACAGAAGAUGUCCAAGAUGGGCUUCUCGGUGGCCUUUGGCCAUCCAAAAACUCACAGGUCCUGCUGGAAGCUACUGUGGAGCCCGAUGCACAGCCCAGCUCUGAUGUCUGCACCCCACCAGAGACCCCACCAGGCACCCAGGACCCUUCUGGGUCCAGUGAGGCUGAGGCUGUGGGCACCCAGCACCAGCUCUGCUCCACGCUCCCGGCAUCCUCCCCGGCUGGUACAGACCUCCGCUCCGCCGCCGUCCUCGCCAGGAAGGAGGAGAUCGAGCUGUCCUACCAGCAGUUCAGCCUGACCAUCGCGGUGGUGGCCACGAUGCUGCUGCAGAAGGAGCCCUCCAUGGAGGCGGCGCUGGGGCUGGCGCUGAGAGCCAACCUCCGCCAGGGCCGGAUCCACCACCUCCAGGAGCUGGAGGACUUCAUCAACAGCUACGACUCGGCCACCCUCAGCCACUGAGGGGGCUCUGGGGUGAGUGGACAGACACCCCCUCUUGCCAGCCAGGGUUUGGGGGGGUGAUGGGGGGGCCGUGCUGGUACAUUGGGGCGCUCAUGAUGGUGCUGAGCCCCCAGAUCAAGGUGCUAUGGACAUGUUGGUGCAGUCCCACCACCUCUUUUGGAGAUGGAGGAGGAGGGGGUGCUUAGCUUUACCCCUGCCUAGCUCUGUAUGUGCAGCAAAAGGGGGGAGCUGGUUUUACUGGAGGGAGAGCGGCUGCAGGGACCCCCCCCCCCCCCUGCCCUGGCCCCUCACUCCAUUCCUGCUUCACAUGGAUGUGCUCCCAAAACCCCAGAGAUUGUUCUUGGA